AUGGAAUUGGCGGAACCGACCGAACCGGACGAUGGGGAAGCCGCAAGGGUCCGGGGAGUGGCGGAAGAGGCGCGAGAGGCGGCGCAAGAGGUGGCGGAAGAGGCGCGAGAGGAGCGAGAGUUGGCGCGCGAGUUGCGAGAGUUGGCGCGAGAGGCGGAAGAGGAGCGGGAAUUGGCGGGAGAGGAGCGCGAGUUGGAGCAAGAGGAGCGAGAGGUGGAGCGAGAGGAGCGAGAGUUGGAGCGAGAGGAGCGAGAGGUGGCGCGAGAGGUGCGAGAGUUGGAGCGAGAGGUGCGAGAGAGGCGAGAGGCGGUGCGAGAGGCGCGAGAGAGGCGAGAGGCGGUGCGAGAGGCGCUAGCAGCGGUUACAGAAGGCGGUGCUCGACCGACACAGGAGGUGGUGAAUCUGAUGAUCUACCGUGCCGUGAACCCCAUGAACGAGGAUAAUGAUGAUGAUGACUCGUCGUUGGACGACCAUGGCGAUAGUGGCGACGACAGUGAGGAGGAGGAGGACGAGGAGGCUAAUAACGAGGAUAUGGAGGCGAUGGAAGCGAGGGCUGCGAGGGAUGCGAGGGAUGCGGAGAUGGCGGAGGAAGGGGAGAUUGUUAUGACUGACGAAGGUGAUAUGCUCGACGACGAUACAGACGACGAUGAUAUUGACGAGGAUGAUGAUGAUGAUGACUCGGACGACGAUAGCGAGAAUGAUUAUAACGAGUUCGAGGACCCGCACUAUAACGAGCGAAGGAGAUCGGUGCUGAGGGUCGCGUCCGCGAUAGCAGCAGCUCCAGUAGACGACUGGGGCGCGGUGAAGGGCGCGGAGGUGCACGAGGAGGCAAAGUACCUUCUGGAUAACACCUGCUCCACAUACCGCCUGCCCUCGGGGGUGUGCCACCACCAGUGCUGCGACACUCUAGUGGCAGGCCCUGGCCCUGUGGCCUCCGCAUAUGCCGCACAUAGCUCUGCCCGGGACGAUGCAGCACCAGCACCACCAUCACUCUCCCACUCUCCUUCCUCCGCCCCUUCCUCCUCCGCCGCCCCCCCACCGACCCCGCCGUUUUCCCAAGAGAUCAUAUGCACGGUGCAGCGGAUGGUCACGCUCUACAGCACGGCGCGGCGGGAGGUGGUGGCGGUGACGUCGCUGCCUUCAGAGCCUUACAGCGUUGACCGCUUUGGAGAUGUGGUGGUUGCGGGGUGCUAUGGGACCGUCUGCUUCUACCUCAUCCGGCGGGAGGUGGCGAAGAAAACAGCUGGUUGGACCAAGGACGGCGCUCCAGAGCGCACAUCCCACCCCGCCCACCACCAUCACCACCACUACCAACCACAGCAGCAGCAGAGUGGCAUCAAGGGCGCAGCAGGGGCAGCAGUGGCAGAGGAGGAGGAGGAGGAGGAGGAGGAGGAGAGGGUGUGGUUUGAGGCGGCAGGGAUGGUGGGGGGGUUCGAGAGCAGUCUGAUUGGCUCCUCUAUGUGUAACUCUGUGCGGUUCGGCACAGUUGGUAACUGGGUGCGCAUGCUAGUGGCCCAUCAGAACGGCUACCUCUACGUCUUCACGCUGCCGCCGCCCUUCCAGCCAGCCACAUCGCGCCACGUGGGCCGAUCUGAUUGGGUGUUUAGCGCCCAGAGCCUCGAAGACGCUCGGCAGAUGGCCCUGGAGUCUCGGUGCCGAACCUCCCAAGAAGGUUCGGAGAGCGGCGAGCCUGGGAAGGAGGUAGGAGAAGGAACCAGGCGUGCAGCUGCUGCUGGUGGUGCCCCAGAUCCUGCUGCUACAGCCGCUGCCGCUGCUACAACCGCUGCUGCUGCUGCUACAGCCGCUGUCACGGCUUAUGGUGGGGGCAGUGCAGGGCUGGAUUUGAGCAUGAGUGCUGCGGAGGGGAGCGAAGGCAGAGCAGCUUCAGCCACGGCUGCUGCAGUGGCGUCGGCAGCAGCAGCAGCAGCGGUGCCGGCACACUACCCUGCGGGGUCGGUGCCUCUGAAUGUGAAGAUCAACCUGCGGGAUCUCACCACUGUUGACAUGCCCACAUCGGCGCCGGUGACCAUUCGAUCGGCCCCAGCAGGGGGGUUGGUGCGCACGUCUGCACGCCUCGUGAACGCCAUUGGCCCCUUCCCCAUGCCACUCAACUUCGCCCUCGUCUCGCCCAACGGGGAGUGGAUCGCCGUUAUCGGGGACCUUGCUGCUGUGUGUGUCUUGGAUCGGGCAUCUGGGUUCAGAGUGAGUGGGAUGGCUAGCAGGCGGAUUCCAGUGGCCUCUAGGAACACCAGGGGCGCCGCCCACGGAUGCCAGUACCUGGCUUGGAACCCUUCAUCCUCGUUACUAGCAGUCUCCAGCGACUCGCUUAAAGCCGUGUACGUGUGGGGCGUGUCCCGCAUCUCCCAACCUCGUGCAUCCGAGGCAGCAGCAGAACCAUCACCAUCAAAAGCACGCCCAUUCACCAGAGCAUCAGCAGCAGCAGCAGCAGCAGCAGCAGCAGUGGCAGCGGCAGCACAGCAGUUACCAUCAGGAACAGCAUCAUCACGAUCAGCGGAGCCAGCAGCAGCGCCAGCAGUGCAGUUGAUGCCCCUGGUGAAACUGGAUCAAGCCUUCCAGUCGCCCCCCCUCGCCCUGCAAUUUGACUGCUUCAACCCGCACCUGCUGCUGGUUGUAGAGCGGUGCAGUGCGGUGCACGCUGUGGACGUGCGAGCACCGCAUGCCAGGCAGCAGAUUCAAGUGCACCGCCAACCCUCAUCACAAGAAGAGGAGCAGAGGCAGCAGAGGGAGGAGGCAAGGGAGGAUGGCCUGGCUGCUCGUGCGACAGUGGGGGGAGUGGUGGGGGGCAUGGUGGACGCAGCACAGGACCAGCUGAGGCGCCGGCUGCACCAGCUGGAGCAGCUGUUGCAGCGCCGCAACCAGCCGCCUGUCAGCGACGUGGUGGGGCUGGCAGCUUACUUCCAUCCGGGGGUGCUUGUCUCCACAGAAACCACCGUCUUCCAGGUGAGCGUGAGCGUUGCUGGUGAGCGUGAGCGUUGCUGGUACUGGGAUGCCUUGAGCCGGCAUGUCUUGAGUGGGAUGCAGCGCAACCAGCCGCCUGUCAGCAAGGUGGUGGGUCUGGCAGCUUACUUCCAUCCGGGGGUGCUUGUCUCCACAGAAACCACCGUCUUCCAGCGCAACCAGCCGCCUGUCAGCAAGGUGGUGGGUCUGGCAGCUUACUUCCAUCCGGGGGUGCUUGUCUCCACAGAAACCACCGUCUUCCAGGUGAGCGUGAGCGUUGCUGGUGAGCGUGAGCGUUGCUGGUACUGGGAUGCCUUGAGCCGGCAUGUCUUGAGUGGGAUGCAGCGCAACCAGCCGCCUGUCAGCAAGGUGGUGGGUCUGGCAGCUUACUUCCAUCCGGGGGUGCUUGUCUCCACUGAAACCACCGUCUUCCAGUAUCCGCGCAUGGGUGCCUGGACGCCUGCCUCUCACCACCUUUAUCCCAAGCGUUUCAGGGAGGUGGUACGGCUGCUGCUGUUGGGGCACUACUCUACCGGGCAGUGGGAUUACGGUGCUGCUGCCGACGACCACAGCAGCCAGUCACAGUCUGACAGCAGGUACCUAUGGCUGCUUCCCCUGGAAGUGUUGCUUCAGGUCAUUGGACAUGCAGCUACACCACUUUCUGUGUGGAUUAGUGAUGCAUAA